AUGAGUGAACAAGCUCCAGCUCCAGCCCAAGGCCAAGCCCCAAGAAGAAGAAACUUCGGUGGUAAAGGUGGUAGACCAAGAAGAGGUAGAAGAGAUGAAGAAAAAGGAUGGGUUCCAGUCACCAAAUUAGGUAGAUUAGUCAAAUCCGGUAAAAUCUCAUCUAUCGAAGAAAUCUACUUACACUCCUUACCAAUCAAGGAAUACCAAGUUAUUGAUCAAUUAUUACCUGAAUUAAAAGAUGAAGUUAUGAAAAUUAGAUCAGUUCAAAAACAAACCAGAGCCGGUCAAAGAACCAGAAUGAAAGCUGUUGUUAUCAUUGGUGAUUCUAACGGUCACGUUGGUUUAGGUAUUAAAACCGCUAAAGAAGUUGCUUCAGCCAUUAAAGCUGCUAUUGUUAUUGCCAAAUUAUCAAUUAUCCCAAUCAGAAGAGGUUAUUGGGGUUCUAAUUUAGGUGCUCCACACUCAGUUGCUGCUAAAACUUCAGGUAAAUGUGGUUCCGUUUCAGUUAGAUUAAUCCCAGCUCCAAGAGGUAAAGGUAUCGUUGCUUCUCCAGUUGUUAAAAGAUUAAUGCAAUUAGCUGGUAUUGAAGAUGUCUAUACUUCAUCUUCAGGUUCUACCAGAACUACUGAAAACACCUUAAAAGCUGCUUUCACCGCUAUUGGUAACACUUACGGUUUCUUAACUCCAAACUUAUGGGCUGAAGCUCCAUUAGCUCCAUCUCCAUUAGAUGUUUAUGCUGAAGAAGCCGCUGCUGGUAAAAGAAGAUAUUAA